AUGCACAGACAAUCACCGAGGUUGUGGUUCUGUGGUUGUGCGAGUAACCCAAUACGAGCAGCAAGGUUGGCCGCACCCUUGGAAGGUCACUGCCAGCAACCGCGUGUCCGCACCUUCACUACUUCCUUAGACGAGCUCGCCGGGCGCGUGCAGGCCGCAGAAGCAGCACGCUCCUCAUGGCGAGGGCCUGGAGACGCUCGCGAUGCACGCGCUCAACUCGACGCAGUCACACGUGCGCGUGCUCAACUCCCACCGCUCAGGAGACUGGCUGAUGAACUGCACGCUCAAGCUCAACAGCUAGCAAGAGAUAAGAUUCAAUUGCCUGACCAUAUGUUGGCCAGGCUUGAUGAUUUAAAUACCAGGGUAUCUGGCCUUGUGUCCGGUGGAGAGGAACGAGUGCGGCAAUUAGCCGGUGUUGCCAGAGACGGAGGUGCCGGUGCAGCUCAAGGUUUCCUCGCAGGCUCUGUCGAGACGCCUUGGGAACGAGCCGUCACUCCUGCUAACGUACCUUACUACAUUAAUCAUGAACUAGAGACCACACAUUGGGACCAUCCGAAAAUGAUCGACCUGAUGAACUCCUUAGCCGAUCUGAAUGAAGUUCGAUUCUCGGCAUAUAGGACAGCAUUGAAGUUGAGGACUGUGCAAAAGGCGCUAUGCAUGCACAUGCUUCAGCUGCCGGCUGCACUAGAAGCAUUCGACUGCCAUGGCCUACGUGCGCAAAACGACCGUCUUAUUGAUAUACCUGAAAUGAUCAAUGUUCUCACAUCCCUCUACGAGGUUAUAGCAGCAGAAAAUCCUAGCUUAGUCAACGUACCUCUCUGUCUAGACUUGUCCAUCAACUGGCUUCUCAACGUAUACGAUAGCCAGAGGACGGGACAAAUCAGAGUUCUUAGUUUCAAAGUUGGCUUAGUAUUACUAUGUAAAGGACAUCUAGAAGAGAAAUACAGAUAUUUAUUCCGUCUGAUAGCUGACCCAUCAUGUAGAGCUGACCAAAGAAAACUUGGAUUGUUACUGCAUGAUUGCAUUCAAGUACCUCGACAACUCGGUGAAGUGGCUGCGUUUGGAGGAUCCAAUAUUGAACCAUCAGUCAGGAGCUGUUUUGAGCAAGCGUCUGCUGCUACCAAAGACGGAAAUAGGGGUGGUACUCUUGAUAGGAAAGCUGAUAAAGAAAAGGAGAAAGAAGAAUCCUCAAAGGAGAAAACUCUGGAACGUGACGCAGACGGCCAGUUGCAAUUUAUUGAAGCAUUCCACUUUUUACAAUGGCUUCAAAAGGAGCCACAGUCGAUGGUCUGGCUACCAGUACUACAUCGUUUGGCUGCUGCUGAAACUGCUAAACAUCAAGCCAAGUGCAAUAUCUGUAAGGAGUAUCCAAUUAUAGGAUUCAGAUACCGCUGCCUGAAAUGUUUCAACUUCGACAUGUGUCAGAAGUGCUUCUUUAAUGGACGCAAAGCUAAGAACCACAAGUUAACCCAUCCCAUGCAGGAGUAUUGCACUGCUACAACAUCUGGCGAAGAUGUGCGAGACUUCACUCGCGCUUUGCGUAAUAAGUUCAAGUCGGCAAGAUACUUCAAGAAACAUCCUAGAGUAGGAUAUCUGCCCGUACAGACAGUUCUAGAAGGAGAUGCUUUGGAAUCUCCAGCUCCAUCUCCGCAACACGUAGGUGGGUCAGGAGCCGCACUCGGUGGAGACGAUAUGCACUCGCGACUUGAGCUGUACGCCACUAGACUUGCCCAGGUCGAAUUGGGUGCUAAGCCAGGAGAUACUCCGGACAGUGACGAAGAACAUCAGCUAAUCGCUCAAUAUUGCGCAUCGCUGAAUGGUGGUGGGGAAACUGAUGACGCACCUCGCUCCCCUGUUCAAGUCGUGUCUAUCAUACAUCGAGAGCAACGUCACGAGCUCGAAGCUAUGAUCAGAGAAUUAGAAGAAGAGAAUGCUAGUCUCCAGGCUGAGUACGAACGCCUCAAGGCAAAGCAGACUCCGGGAUCUACGCCAGAGGAUCAACAUGGUGUUAAUGAAAAUAGAAACGCUCCAGUUGAUCAGGACAUGAUGGCCGAGGCCCGUUUACUUCGGCAGCACAAGGGACGGCUGGAGGCUCGCAUGCAGAUCCUCGAGGAGCACAAUCGACAGCUCGAGGCACAGUUGCAGCGACUCAGGAGACUACUCGAUGAGCCUGCUCAAGGAUCCCCUCCGGCCCGAACUGGCACUCUCCAGACCAGGUCGGUCACGGCGUCACAGCUCGCUACGGAUUCGCCGGCCAAGAUGCAUAACGGACUUUACCAUGAGUCCCAAACUAAUGAUCUUGGCCGCGCCGUCGAAGAACUAGUUUCAGUAAUGACGGAGGACCAGCCCAACCAAACAUCGACCACCUCCCCCCCGCAGUAUACCAACGGGAAGCCUCCCGCUAAAGAGUAG